AUGGCCGAGCCUCACAUUGCGGGCCAGUGUCCUCCCACAGGGCUGCAGCCGAAGAGCGAGGCCCACGUCACUUGUCUUGCGCCAGAGGACUGGGACGCGGACAACGAAGAAAAGGCUAGACGCAUUACGGAAGAAGACCUUCAACGUUCCCACAAGCAGAACCACCGAGGGAUCAUCCUACUAUGGCUUGCCUGGCAGAGCACCGGUGUCAUCUACGGCGACAUUGGUACCAGCCCACUUUAUGUGUACAGCUCUACGUUCUCAUCUCAGCCAUCGUGGGACGAUCUAGUCGGCGCCUUGUCAAUCAUUAUCUGGUCUCUGACUCUUAUUGUCACCGUCAAAUACUGUUUCAUCGUUCUUGCAGCGGACGAUGAUGGCCAAGGAGGCACAUUCGCAUUGUACUCACUGUUGGCACGUUAUGCCAACAUUGUCCCCCGGGAUCCGAACAAAUCCGGCAUGGUUCAUCUGUCUCGUCAUAAAACCAGUGACCUGCGAUUUGAUGGAAGGACGUUUCGAUCUUUCAUCGAAGGCAGCCGCGCCUCGAAGGCUCUUCUCAAACUAUUCGGGGUCCUGGGAGUGUCAAUGGUCAUGGCUGAUGGCAUGUUGACGCCCGCUCAGUCAGUCCUAGGCGCCAUCCAAGGCAUCAAAGUUGUCGAUCCGGAUCUUGGCACAAAUACCAUCGUUGGAGUGUCUUGUGCUAUCCUCGUCUGCCUCUUCAUGAUACAGCCCUUUGGAACCUCAAAAGUCGGUACUGCCUUUGCCCCGAUCGUCAUUGUAUGGCUCCUUUUCAACUUGUGCAGCGGAAUUUACAAUCUGGCGAUUCAUGACUACACUGUGCUUAAGGCAUUCAGUCCAUACUUUGCUUUUCAGUACUUGGUACGAAAUGGAGAGGAUGGUUGGAAGUCACUAGGGGGCCUGCUCCUAGCUUUUACUGGUGUCGAGGCCCUAUUUGCCGACAUAGGAGCCUUUGGCGCCCGGGCAGUCAAGCUCUCCUGGUUCUGCCUUGCGUAUCCAUGCCUACUCAUCGCCUAUGCUGGACAGGCAGCUUACAUCUCUACCGAUUCGACCGAGACCGCCUUCACUAAUCCGUUCUUUUAUACCGUUCCACCAGGAAGCUUUUACUUUUCCAUGGUUAUUGCGGUACUGGCAGCUAUCGUUGCUAGUCAGGCCAUGAUCACGAGCUCGUUCCAGCUGCUUUCGCAAAUCAUGAGGCUCAGCUAUUUUCCUCAUAUCAAGACAGUUCACACAAGCCGAAAGUUCCACGAGCAGGUAUACAUGCCCAUCGCGAAUUGGUUGCUCAUGAUUGGCACCGUGAUAGUCACGGCUGUUUAUAACAACACUACCAGUUUAGGAAAUGCUUAUGGCGUUUGUGUCAUAAUCACUACUUUCAUAACGACGUGUAUGGUCUCAUUCGUUGCCAUCAUCGUUUGGAAGCUUCCUUCACCAGUCGUGCUCUUCUUCUUCCUGGUAUUUGGCGCCCUAGACGGCGCUUAUAUCUCAUCUGUACUACUGAAAGUUCCCGAUGGAGCGUGGUUCAGCCUGGUCUUGGCUGUGAUCCUAGGAUCAGUCUUCGUGCUGUGGCGGUGGGGCAAGGAGAGACAGUGGGCUGCCGAGGGGAUGGAAAACGUCACCGCGUCACGGCUUUUCAGAGUAUCCUCGCCGCCGUCUUCUGUCUCUGAAGCUUUGACCACAUCCUUAUCAGCGGACUUUGGUGGUGGCAAUGUGACGACGGCGCCUGGCCUCGGUAUAUUCUUCGACAAAAUUGGCGCAGGGUUUGACGUGGUCCCCAAGGUAUUCACACAAUUUGUUCGAAAAUUCCACUCACGUCCCGAGGUCGUUGUGUUCUUUCAUCUGCGCACCCUCCCCAUUCCUACGGUGCCAAUGGGUGAGCGGUUCAUACUCACGCGAGUUCACCAACUUAAGUUUUGCUAUCACAUCACGCUUCGACACGGGUAUACCGACGAAGUUCUUACUUCCGAUCUACGCCAGGUCAUUGUGGAGCAACUGAACGAUUUUGUUGCACGGACAGGCAAGCAAGCCGGAACUCCUCCAGACCAGUCCAAUUCAAUACAACAAGAGCUUCGCCAACUAAGCUCUGCUGGGCAAUCUGAGUUGAUAUACGUGCUCGGGAAACAAAUGAUGCGUCCAGGCCAGAGCCAGAGCAAUCUAGUAAGGAGAACAUGCCGCAAGAUCUUCCUAGAGAUCUUCUUGUGGCUCCGCGAGAAUACAAGGUCCAAGCUUGCAGAUCUCAAAAUCGACCCUGACAACCUCGUCGAAGUGGGCUGGGUCAAACACAUUUGA